GCUGGGCAAGAUGGCGGCGGACGGGGGAGCCGAGGCGGCGGGGGCUGCGACCGAAGAGCUGCUGCGGGAAGCGGGCGACUCGGAAGACGAGGGGGAGGACGGCGGGGGCGUCGAGGAGUUAGAAUCCGACGAGUCCUCUGGAGACGGCGAAGAUGAGGAGAAGGAGAACGAGGCCGAGAUCCAGCGCCUUGAGGAGCAGCUGUCCAUCAAUGCCUUUGAUUACAACUGUCAUCUGGAUCUGAUAAAACUGCUGCAUCAGGAAGGUGAAUUAAUCAGGCUUCGGAGAGCCCGCCAGAAGAUGAGUGAACUCUUUCCCCUCACUGAAGAGAUAUGGCUAGACUGGCUGAAGGAUGAAAUUCGGAUGGCUUCAGAAAACUCAGAGCGGGAAAAGAUUUAUGAUCUCUUUGAAAGAUCUGUGAAAGACUACAUCUGUCCUGAAAUCUGGCUGGAGUACGCCCAGUACUCCAUUGGUGGCAUCGGCCAGGAGGGAGGCAUAGAGAGAGUUCGCUCAAUACUAGAACGGGCACUGACAGCCGUUGGCCUCCACGUGACAAAAGGAGCUGCUAUUUGGGAGGCCUAUCGGGAGUUUGAAAAUGCCAUCUUGGAAACAGUACGGCCGGCAGCUGGCAAAGUUCCCUCUCCUGAGCAGCAGCAGACCGUCAAGGUGCAACUCGAGAAGAUCCAUGCGCUCUUUCGUCGGCAACUGGGGGUCCCUCUGUUAGAUAUGGAAGCCGCCUACGCAGAAUAUGAAGCCUGGUCCGACACCCCCAUCCCGGAAACAGUGACCCAGAGCUACACAAAGGCUUUGCAGCAGUUGCAGAAAUGUAGGCCCUACGAGGAGGCCCUGCUAGUAGCUGAAGCCCCAAAGCUGGCUGAGUAUCAAGCUUACAUUGACUUUGAGAUGAAGGCUGGGGAUCCAGCUCGCAUCCAGCUGAUCUACGAGCGUGCCCUGGGUGAGAACUGCCUGGUGCCGGAUCUCUGGGCCCGUUACACUCAGUACCUGGAUAGGCAGCUGAGGGUGAAGGAGCUGGUGCUUUCGGCCCACGAGCGAGCGGUCAGAAAUUGCCCUUGGACUGUCAGGCUGUGGAACCAGUACCUCCUGGCCAUGGAGAGGCAUCACGUUGAGCAUCAGGCCAUCUCAGAAAACUUUGAAAAGGCUUUGAAUGCUGGCUUCAUUCAGGCCACGGAUUAUGUGGAAAUCUGGCAGGCGUACCUGGACUAUCUUCGGAGGAGAGUGGACUUUACUCAAGACUCAAGCAAGGAGCUGGAAGAGCUCCGGUCGGCCUUUGCUCGUGCGCUGGAAUAUUUAAAGCAAGAAGUGGAAGAGCGGUUUAGCGAGAGCGGGGACCCUUCCUGUACUCUCAUGCAGACCUGGGCGAGGAUCGAGGCUCGCUUGUGCAACAACAUGCAGAAGGCACGGGAACUCUGGGAUAGCAUCAUGACAAAAGGCAACGCAAAGUAUGCCAACAUGUGGCUGGAGUACUACAACCUGGAGCGGGCCCACGGCGAUGCUCUGCACUGCAGGAAGGCUUUGCACCGGGCCGUGCAGUGCACCAUGGACUACCCAGAACACGUCUGUGAGGUGCUGCUCACUUUAGAAAGAAUUGAAGGCACUUUAGAAGACUGGGAUGCAGCGGUUCAGAAAACGGAAAACCGGCUGGCUCGAGUUAAUGAGCAGAGGGCCAAGGUGGCGGAGAAGGAAGCUGCCCUCGCGCAGCAGGAGGAAGAGAGAGCGGAGCAGCGCAAGCAGGCCCGGGCGGAGAGGAGAGCCGUCAAAAAGUCCAAAAAGCCCAAAGCCGGAGUCAAGCGGAAAGCAGACGGUGAUGGCGAAUGGGGGCAGGAGGGGGAAGCUGAACAGCCCAGCAAGAGGCCUAAGGGCAGCAGUGGCGAUGCGCUGGCCGAAGGGGAGGCGGAAGAGAUGGAGAUGGAAACGGGGCUCUUUGGGAGAAGCGUGCCUGCGAAAGCCAACAUCAGUCCAAAGGAAGAGGGGGCAGGUUCCAAGUGGAAAGACGUCCCCAAGGUUUUUCACGACAGCAAGAAGGACAGCAUCACAGUCUUCGUCAGCAACCUCUCCUAUAGCAUGGCGGAGCCGGAGGCGAAACUGAGAGAGCUUUUUGCGAGCUGCGGGGAAGUGGCGGAAGUCCGCCCCAUCUUCAGUAAUAAGGGGACUUUCCGGGGCUACUGUUAUGUGGUGUUUAAGGAGGAGGAUGCAGCUUUGCGAGCGCUCACCCUGGACCGGAAGAUCCUGGAGGGCAGGCCGAUGUUUGUGUCUCCGUGCGUUGACAAAAACAAGAACCCGGAUUUCAAGGUGUUCAAGUACAGCACUGCUCUGGAGAAACACAAGCUAUUUGUCUCCGGCCUGCCCUUUUCCUGCACGAAGGAAGAGUUGGAGGAGGUCUGCAAAGCUCAUGGGAACGUGAAGGAUAUCCGGCUGGUCACCAACCGAGCUGGUAAACCCAAGGGCUUGGCCUACGUGGAAUUUGAGAAUGAAACGCAGGCCUCCCAGGCGGUUCUGAAAAUGGAUGGCCUGACUAUCAAGGAUCACGUCAUCAAAGUUGCGAUCAGCAACCCGCCGGCUCGAAGACUUCCCGACAAGCCAGAAGUGGUGGGGAAACCGUCCCAAAGUCUGGGCCUCCGGCAGGUCUAUGGCGCCCGAGGCAAGGGAAGGACCCAGCUGUCGAUGGUCCCACGUGCCUUGCAGCGCCAAAGCGGCCCGGCAGCUAAGGCGGAGAACGGCAUGCCGCAGAACCCGCCGGCGACACCCGCCCCGUCUGCGGAGGAGCCCAAGAAGAUGUCCAACGCGGACUUUGCCAGGCUGCUCCUGAACAAGUGAGCCACUGCCGCUGACCAGCAAAGCAGGGGUUGCGAUGUGCCACCUUGAAGUCAUAGCCUGGCCUUUCCCUGUAGCAGAAGCCGCUGCUUUCAGCUCCCCCGAUUCUUAUUUGGACUUUAUGCCCACCGAACGACACGGAACAGGGAGGUGUCGAGACGGGUUCCCCGCCCCAUCAGAGGAGCAGAGGUAUUGAGUUGGGGUGAGGUGAGGAAUUUGGGGAAAAUGGCUUUAAUUGCUCCCUCAUAUUGAGGGCUAAUGUGGCGAGAACUCACUUUGAAGCUGAACACAGUAUGUUUUAAUGGUGGCAGUUUUUUCCUGUUCUCCAAACGGAAAGUUUAAUGAGAAAUGAGUCUUGAGCUAGUUUAUACAAAUCCCACCACAGGCGCUGAGCUACGUUGGCCUUGGGCAGCUUUCAGACACUGCCUCUCUGCGUGCAUAAACCCUGAACUUGUGGUGCUGCCUGUCUCAUGUAUAAAAUUAUUGCUAUAAAUAGCAGAUGCGAGGAACUUCACCGUAAUGGCCUAUUUUAGUAUUGGGAUGAAAGGGUAGGCAUUUAUAUGGACUUGUUUGCUCAAAGUUGGUCUGGUUUUUUUUAUAUGUAUAAUCUGUACCGAUCUUUGUGGAUGUGAAAAGCACACGCCAGUUAUUUUUAAGCUUUCUUUGACACAGCGCUGGGAGAACCCUCUGCACAGCCGUGGUGCACCCUUCAAUGUUUCUGUUGGCCAGGCACCUGCAAUGGCUUAUAGCCAGACCUGUUUUGGUUCUUGGUAUGUUGGGCUUGCACAUUUUUUUAUUUUGUAUACAAUGUGAAACGUGAGCCUAUGCUCCUCCUUUGGGUUCAUUAAAGUAGUUCUUGGAAGCUGGG